GAGUACAAAGCCGUCGCCAUGGAAACCCUAGAGGAGCUGGAAUGGUGUCUGAAACAGUUGGAAAAUAUACAAACCAAGCGACCGGUCUCCGAUAUGGCGUUCUCUAAAUUUAAACGACUUUUAAACAAGGAGUUGAAUAGCUUUGGAGAGACAGAUAAAUCGCGACACGAAAUUUCCGCCUAUAUUUGUGGGACUUUUCUUGAAGAUGAAAAGGAUACGGAAGCGAAUCAACAGAUUGAACAAAUGCUCGAACGACGCAGAAGCAGUGGGCAGUCACAUGGCUCCAGUAAUACUACAGAACAACCCACAGCCGCUGCUGGUUCUAAAUCAAAACCUGUUGGGGAGAAAGAGACAUCUGGUUUGAUCCCCGAUGGGCCGACGUCGGAGUUGAUCACUCGGCCACCUGAUUCUUCAGUAAACACUCAAGUGGCUCCAGAUGAAGGCAUAGAUGACGAUGUGAAGGACGUUUCAAAGGUGAUCCAAAUGCCAGUGAACGGGAUAGUAACACCAAACGAUAUUGAACUUGACGAGCGUUUUACACAAACACUGGACACGUGGGGAGCGGAUAUUUUUGAGAUUGAUAGACUUUCAGAUGGUCAUGCAUUGACAACCACGGCGUAUCGGAUUUUUCAGAAACGUGAUUUGUUACGAACGUUCUCUAUCGAUCCCGCAACACUGGUACGCUAUCUUCUCAAAAUUGAAGCAAACUAUCAUCCGGAUGUGCCUUAUCACAACGCAUUGCAUGCCGCGGACGUGACCCAGACAUCACAUUUCCUCCUGCAAGCAGAGCCCUUGGAAGACGUUUUCAGUGAUUUGGAAAUACUGGCUGUGAUUUUCGCGUCUAUUGUACAUGAUGUUGAUCAUCCUGGACUAACCAAUCAAUUCCUGAUUAACUCUGGUCAUGAUCUGGCACUACAGUACAACGAUUCCUCUGUUUUGGAAAAUCAUCAUCUCUACGUCGCUUUCAAACUGCUCAAUCAACCGGAUUGUGACAUAUUCUCCUCCCUCGGUGUGAAGAAACGUCAGACGCUGCGCAGGAUGGUCAUCGAACUUGUCUUGGCUACCGACAUGUCUAAACACAUGAGUCUUUUGGCGGACCUGCGCACCAUGGUUGAGGCUAAGAAGGUAUCCGGAUCAGGCGUUCUCAAUCUGGACAACUAUUCUGACCGAAUUCAAAUCCUGCAAAAUAUGAUCCACUGUGCCGAUCUGAGCAAUCCGGCUAAACCGCUCCGACUCAAUCGCAAAUGGACAAGCCGGUUGAUGGAAGAAUUCUUCCGUCAGGGAGACAAGGAACGGUCCCUGAAUCUGGAAAUCAGUCCAAUGUGCGAUCGAGAAUCUGUGGCGGUCGAAAAGUCUCAGGUGACAUUCAUCGACUUUGUCGCACACCCGUUGUUGGAGUCCUGGUGCGAUCUUGUGCAUCCAUCAUCGCAGCUCAUCUUAGACAUACUUGCCGACAAUCGGGACUGGUACGACUGUCAAUCCGAGGGUUCCAGAACGUCCGGUGUAAGUCGGGGACGCACGCGAUUGGCGACUGCUGAGGAAGACGACGAAGAGGCAACAUCAGCCUCCUGAGUACUGGAAACUAAACGAUAUCAACACGUGAACACCCGGCUUCUGUCCGUUGUAUCCUCUUCCAUGGUUCUGAGAUUUUUUGUGAAAAAAAACAGAGCUUCGUGGCCCAAUCCGGUCCUACGGCUGUUCUAUGCCCCCCUCUUGCACACCUUUACUCAAGACCCUCUCCCACCAUCCAAAUGGCAAUUGAUCUUUUUCAUAAACAGAGUUCUCCCGAAAAAAAGAACUGACUAUUUUCUCGACCGUGCAGAUGUUUUCCACCCAUCAGUGUAUUGUUAUUGACUCGCUUCCCAUCCCACAGGAAAUUUCUCAAAGCUACGCUCCAAAACAGAGUACUUAGGUUAACAUUGAUCGUGAACGGGUAAAUAUUACUUCCCAAAAUCUAAUUUACGAUUGUUUUACACCCGAGGUACAAUCAGCACAUGUGCGAGUGAGUUAAGCCAUUCGCAACGAGAUCAGUCAACACAAUCUCUUGCAAACUAACUGGGUAUUGAUGUACAAUAUUUGCACUUCCGUUAAGGCACGCGAAGUAUAAGCUAUGCAUUUCUUUGUCGAAAUUGAAAAAUUACAAAUGUACUUGUUUCUCUCUCUCUCUCUGUGUAACCCCAAUCACUUUCGAGGCACACGCGCACAGUGAUUGUUCGCAGUGUGAACCCUCCAACCCACCUGUGCUAAUCAUGGACGAUCCGUUUCACGAAGAUGUCAUAUACUUUUCUCUUAAUCAAUCAGCCAGUGUUCUGGGUCGACGCAAUGAUCAACUAUAUAUUGAAAGAAUUAUUAACUUCUCCGAGUUGUUUGUUUAUCUAUCUUAUUGUAUGAAAAUCGAAUGGUGUGGCAAGUAAACAGCGAUUACCAACGCACAUACACAGAAAGAUACGAAAUAAACAUGGCGUUU